AUGACAGUGGGGGAGAAUGGCAUACUUAGGUCAGAGAAUAUAGCUCAACGACAGGCAAGGAAUACUGCACAGAUGAGUAGUCUGCCUAUAAACAUUCCAGGAAGAGAGAAGAACGAAGCAAACUUUAAUUCUAACAAUGCUCAGGUUUUUCAGCCAGUGCAGGUGAAUCGGCAAGCAGGAAUGUUGAACAGAACCUAGGAAGAGGUAGCAGUUUCUUCAAAUGUACCGAGGAACAGAGAUUUUCAGAAGAGAAAAAUGGAAGGGAUGGAAGAAUUAUCAAAACAGACAUUAGAAAUCCCAUAUUUUUCAAGCUACAAGGGUACCUGAUCGCUUGAGUUCCUGCUUGACAGUAGGAGGUGGGCCUGAACUCUGUAUACUGAAAGCUUAAGAGCAUGUGCUAGUCUGGAGCAUGAAGAUCAGCGACACAGAGAAUAGCAGCAGUUGCAGCACUCUGAAGCCAGCCACAAACUCUGCACAUCUAAUCAUUCUGUACAUUUCAGACAAGGAACACCCAAGAAAUUUAAUUCCAGAGCUGUGUAACCAGUUUUACCAUCUAGGAUGGGUGACAGGAACAGGAGGAGGAAUCAGUCUGAAAUACAGAGAUGAAAUUUACAUUGCCCCAUCAGGUGUUCAGAAAGAAAGGAUUCAGCCUGAAGACUUGUUCGUUUGUGAUAUGGAAGAACAUGAAAUAUCCAGUCCUCCACCACAUAAGAAACUGAAAAAAAGCCAGUGUACCCCCCUCUUCAUGAAUGCUUACACUAUGAGAGGAGCUGGAGCAGUGAUCCAUACACAUUCAAAAGCUGCAGUAUUGGCUACUCUUCUUUUCCGAGGUAAAGAGUUCAGAAUCACACACCAGGAGAUGAUUAAGGGAAUCAAAAAGUGUUCGUCUGAAGGUUAUUACAGGUACGAUGAUAUGUUGGUUGUUCCCAUUGUUGAGAAUACUCCAGAGGAGAAGGACUUAAAGGAAAGAAUGGCUCGAGCUAUGGAUGAAUACCCAGACUCCUGUGCAGUUCUAGUCAGGCGUCAUGGAAUUUAUGUAUGGGGAGAAACCUGGGAAAAAGCUAAAACAAUGUGUGAAUGUUAUGAUUAUCUGUUUGACAUUGCCGUACAAAUGAAGACAUGUGGGUUAGACCCUUCGCAACAUCCUACAGAAGAGAAGGGCAUUGUAUAAUAAAUGAACUCAUGCAUUUUUUUGAGUUUUGUCAAAAGGAAAUAAAUGAAAAAAAGACAGAGAAAUCCAUGAAGCACUGAUCUGGUAUCCCAACCGUCAGCCUCAAUGGUCCACAAGACAAACUAAAAGGUUAGGAAUAAGGAUAACUAUUCAGAAUGUCAGAUCCUGGCCACAGCAAACUUGGCAAAAAUAAAAAUAGUUUUCUUUCCAGAGGAAAAAUUAAAACAGUUAAGAAUUUAUACAGAUAUUGAUUUAAUGAUGGAUGAGUGUUCUUAUCUGAUUCCAGACUGAAAAUUUAGCAGCUCAUAUAGUUUAAUUCCAGGGGGAGGUACCAGGUCUGCCUAGGUGUGGAGCUGUACCUAGUGUCUCCAUGUUAUGCUGUAGUUACAAGAUCUUAUACCCUUUUACAUUUUGCCAGUGUUAGGUAGCUCUUAUCAACACUACAUGAAAGGAACUACCACCUUGCCAAAACUUAAAGGAGCAAAUACAUAUACACAAACUAUAUGUGUAUGUUUGUGUGAGGGGAACUGUGCCUGCUUGUACUAGGCUAAUAGUUUUAAAAUCAUAUUCUGAAUAGUUAUUCUUAUACCUAAUAAAGUUCCUAAUGAAAUGAAUGAAAGCACUUAGUACGCACAGACAUUGUGGUUUUAGAAACUAGCCUUCAUGUUAAACCCAGAGCACUUACACUGUAACUGCAAGCCUUAGUUUUAUGAAAGAAAAUAAAUAUUUUAUAAAUUUUUACUGUC